AGGGCACGGGGAAAAGGUGGCUCUGGCCGGGGCGGCUCGGCUUCCUGCGGCUAUGUAGCUGAGCUUGUCGGGCCAGGGUUCUCCUUCGCUGCCAUCGCCGCGUUCUAGCGCGGAGUUGCUGCUCGGGAGAGAGACCGUCCUCAACCCCGCCGCGCUCCCUCGACGGCAGAGCUUGCUCGCUCGCCCGUGGGAGCGUCCCGGCCGAGCAGCCCUGAGGGGGGAGGGGAGGCCAUUUUGUCCCGACCGACUCCCCGGAACCGGGCGGAGCGGCUGGGAGAGGCUGCGGAGCUGCUGUCGCCGCCCUUGGAGGCACCGGACGCCGCCACCGUCGGGGCUUCCUCAACGAGGCCGUUCAUAGGUCGCCCGCGCCCUCUCGAGCUCUCCUUUUUCCCACGCUUCCCCUGUCCUCCGGCCUGAGAACGUCGGAGUGAGGAGUUGGCCGUAGUGAGAGGGACCGAUCCCUUGGUGCCGCCGGCGGCGAGAGCCUGAGCCGCUCCUCCCAAUGGCGAAGAAGACGUACGACCUGCUUUUCAAGCUGCUCCUGAUCGGGGAUUCAGGAGUGGGGAAGACCUGCGUCCUUUUUCGUUUUUCGGAUGAUGCUUUCAAUACCACCUUUAUUUCCACCAUAGGAAUAGACUUUAAGAUCAAAACAGUUGAAUUACAAGGAAAGAAGAUCAAGCUACAGAUAUGGGAUACAGCAGGCCAGGAGCGAUUUCACACCAUCACAACCUCCUACUACAGAGGAGCAAUGGGUAUUAUGCUAGUAUAUGACAUCACCAAUGGUAAAAGUUUUGAAAACAUCAGCAAAUGGCUUAGAAACAUAGAUGAGCAUGCCAAUGAAGAUGUGGAAAGAAUGUUACUAGGAAACAAGUGUGAUAUGGAUGAUAAAAGAGUUGUACCGAAAGGCAAAGGAGAACAGAUUGCAAGGGAGCAUGGUAUUAGAUUUUUUGAGACUAGUGCAAAAGCAAAUAUAAACAUCGAAAAGGCGUUCCUCACAUUAGCUGAAGAUAUCCUUCGAAAGACCCCUGUAAAAGAGCCCAACAGUGAAAAUGUAGAUAUCAGCAGUGGAGGAGGCGUGACAGGCUGGAAGAGCAAAUGUUGCUGAGUGUUCUCCUGUUCCAUCAAUUGCCAUCCACCACCCCGUUUUCUCUUGCUGCAAAAAUAAACCACUCUGUCCAUUUUUAACCCUAAACAGAUAUUUUUGUUCCUCAUCUUAACUAUCCAGUCCACCUGUUUUAUUUGUUCUUUCAUCUGUGACUGCUUGCUGACUUUAUAAUUUUCUUCAAACAACUACAAAAAAAGAUGUGUAGAAAAAUCAUGUCUGUGACUUCAUUUUUAAAUGUACUUCCUCAGCUCACCACUGCAUUUCAGUUGUAUUAUAGUCUGGUUCUUCUUAUCAACAUUAAACCUAUAGCAAUCAUUUCAACUCUAUUCUGCAAAUUGUAUAAGAAUAAAAGUUAGAAUUAACAAUUUUAUUUUGUACAACAGUGGAAUUUUCUGUCUUGGAUAAUGUGCUUGAUUCCCUUUAAUCUAUAGACAUGCGAUAACAAAAAAAAAAACAAACGCCAGGAAGACACUCAUUUCGCCUUGAAUAUGUAAAUGGGAUUAAUUUUGUCCUGUGCCUUAUGUGGAAAGGAACUUCUUUGGUUUUUCUUUCUUUGUUUUGGUGGAAGCAUGACAUAUCCAAACAUAAACCAUUAAAAUGUUUGUGGUUUGCUUGGCUGUAAUUUUCAGAGUAGUUCAUUGAGGAUAAAGGAUAAUGCAGAAAUGAUAGCUUUGGUUUGCUGAGUCUCAUUUUAAGUGGCCUUGAUAUUUAAAAUUAUUCCUGCCCACCAUUUCUUUUCCUUGGCCACUUUUUUCUUUCUCUUCUUCCUGCAUGCUACUUUUUUGCUUCUCUCUCCCCAACCCAUGGUCUGAGUUAUUUAAAAAUGAAAGGGGCAAACUGGUAGGUUUGUCAGAUAUAACACAAAGCACUGAUUUAACUUGCUAAGUAAACCAAGUUAAGUUCUAACUGCCUGCUAUCAGCUGUCAGUUAUUUAGUGUCUUUCCCUCAUUUGUUCUCUCCCCUAAGACUUGGCCCCAGAUUUCUUCAUUUGCUGUUUUCCUGCUGUGUUGUUCUUCUUCCUCCCUUUCUGUUCCCCUCCUGUCUGUCCAUUGAGUUUAUGAAAUGGAAGAGUUAAUUGCAUGCACUAGUGUUUGGAGGGUGUUGUGGUUUGUCUUUCUAACUAGGUGUGUAGCCUGUUCGCUUUUCCUAGACGGGAUCUCUCCGUCUGAAAUCUGAGUAGUCUCCAUUUUGGCAACUCCUCUAGCAGUUUGGUAGCCCAGUAAAAGGUUGUUCAAAGAAGAAAAAAAAAAAAAGCCAGGGAA